AUGGAGGAAACGAUCUUCAGGAACAACCGCAAGUGUAUCAUAAUAGUUCUUCCAUGCUGGUUGAUCAGCAUCACCAGCUAUUUUUGCAGAUUCAGGUGGACAAAGAAUGGUCAAGACUUUGAUCCAUAUCAGGACCCCAGAUUGAUAACAUUAGAUGAUUCCGGAACAUUCAUCAUUCCCAAUAAUGGGAAUCUCACAGAAUUCCAGGGCAAUUAUCGUUGCUUUGCAACCAACAAAUUAGGAACAGCAAUGUCAGAAGAGAUUGAAUUCAUUGUUCCGAAUAUUCCGAAGUUCCCUAAAGAGAUCAUCGAUCCGAUUGAGGUUAUGGAAGGUCAGUCAGUCAUUCUAGAGUGCAACCCACCCAAAGGAAUCCCCCCACUGCAAAUCUACUGGAUGACAAUAAGUCUACAGCACAUCGAGCAGGACGAAAGAGUAUCAUUGGGUCUCAACGGGAACCUGUACUUCUCAAAUGCCAUUGAGACCGACAGUCGCAGAGAUUACUGCUGCUUUGCUGCCUUCCCACGCAUUCGAACCAUCGUUCAGAAAACGGCCAUGUCUGUUGUGGUCAAAAGCACAAACUCUCUCUUGGAGAGGAAGCCCAGUCUACUGACGCCCACAGGAAAGGAGUCACAUACAUAUCUGGUGAAAGGCGAAGAUCUUCAUUUGGAGUGUAUUGCAGAGGGCUUCCCCACACCAAAGGUGGAGUGGGUAAAAAUAGGUUUCCACAAGCUUCCGGAAAGGGCCGUGGUGGAGAGUCAUGGCAAGUUGCUUACUAUUGAGAUGGUGAAUGAGGAGGAUGAAGGGAAAUAUAUGUGCAGAGCCAAAAAUCCCCAUGGAGAGAUUGUGCAUUAUUUUCAUGUUACAGUAGAAGAGCCUCCUGAGUUUGAGAUUGAACCUCAGAGCCAACUGGUGAUGAUUGGAGCUGAUGUGGUGAUCAAGUGUGUUGUGAAAGCAAAUCCUCAACCUAGUGUUGUAUGGAGGGUCAACGGCCGACUGCUGAACGAGGUCCCAACAUCCAAUAGGAAGGUCUUAAAAGAUGGCACCAUUUCCAUCCACAACGCAAAGCCCGAAAACAGUGCUGUUUACCAGUGUGAGGCCACAAACAGACACGGAACCAUCCUAGCCAAUGCCAACAUCAUGAUUAUGAACAUCCAGCCCCUGAUCUUAACAGAAAACAAUCUGCAAUAUAUGGCAGUGGAGGGGAAAGGUGUGGUCAUGCACUGUAAGGUCUUCAGCUCACCAACAUCCAGCAUUACAUGGAGUAAAACUGACAGUGCCAAUUCAGUGGAAGGAGAAAGGUUUUCUGUUCAUAAGAAUGGUUCGCUGGAGAUCCACAACGUGAUGAAAGAGGACAUGGGGGAGUAUUCUUGUUUUGCUCAAAACACUGAGGGCAAAGUUGCCAUUGCUGCAACACUUGAAGUCAAAGAUCCCACCAGAAUAGUCGAUCCUCCUCAUGAUUUGCGGGUUUUGGCCAGAACUACUAUCCAGUUUUCAUGCCAGGCAGAGUUUGAUCCCUCCAUUGGUGAUGACUUUGAGAUCCUCUGGGAAAAAGAUGGCAUGGCCCUCAACGCCAGCGAGAACACACGAUAUAUCCUGGACGAUGGAGUGCUUGAAAUCAUUAAUGUGAGCUUUGGAGACCAGGGCUUUUAUGCCUGUGUGGCCAGAACACCAGUCGACCAGGACAUGGCGGUUGCACAGCUUUCAGUUGUGGAUGUUCCUGAUCCACCAGAGGAUGUGAUCCUUUCAGAACAUAAUGGCAGAAGUGUGAAACUGCAGUGGAUUCCAGGAGAUGACCAUAACAGCUCCAUUACAGAGUUUGUUAUAGAGUUUGAGGAAAGCCAACAUGAGCCGGGCAGCUGGAAGGAGAUGAUGAGAGUACCGGGAAACCAUCACUUCGCUCUGCUGAAUCUUCACGGACACGUAGACUACCGAUUUAGAGUCUCCGCCACCAAUGAGGUGGGAAGAGGUCAGCCAAGCCAGGCCACUGAAAGAUACAAAACUCCAGCAUCAGCACCCGACAAGAACCCAGAAAAUAUCAAGAUCGAAGGUCAUUUGCCACAUGAAAUGGAUAUCAACUGGGAGCCACUGUCACCUAUUGAACACAACGGGCCUGGUCUGGAGUACAAAGUAAGCUACAGAAGACAAGGCACUGGAGAGGACUGGAUGGAGCACAUGGUGAAGAGGCACUCGUUCGUUGUUAAAAACACCCCAACGUUCGUCCUUUACGAGAUCAAAAUUCAGGCCAAGAACCAUGCGGGCUGGGGUCCAGACCCUGAAAUAAUCACAGCGUACUCAGGAGAGGAUUUCCCCACAGCCGCUCCAGAGGAUGUAGCCGUAGAAGUGAUGAACAACACCAUGGUGAAGGUCAGAUGGGACCAUGUUCACAAGGACAAACUCAAUGGACAUCUGGGGGGCUACAGGAUAAGCUUUUGGAGGCUCCGUAGUCUGCUGUACUCAAAGAAAACGCAUGGUGACAAACACACAUUGACAUUCUCAGGCGAGAGGAACCAUGCGGUGGUCACAGGGCUUAAGCCGUUCUCUGAAUACAGCCUCAUUGUCAUGGCCUUUAACAGCAGAGGAAACGGGCCUGGCAGUCAUCCGGUCAGCUUCAAAACACCUGAGGGAGUUCCUGGUCAAGUAUCUGCUUUCAGUGUUACAAACAUCCAGAAACACAAGGUCACCUUGACCUGGUCUCCUCCGGUUGACGCAAAUGGACUCAUAAUUGGCUACAUCCUCCAAUAUCAGCUAAUAAAUGACACAGAGGAACUAGGUUCUCUGACGACCCUCAACAUCUCUGCUGACAGCAGUAAGCUGCACCUCCAGGAUCUGGAAGCACUGAGCAAAUAUACGUUUUACCUACGGUGCUGCACACGUGUGGGCUGCGGACCAGCUGCCAGCGAGGAGCGCACCACUGUCCCUGAAGCGACUUCAACAGAUAUGGCCUCUUUCAACAUCACUGUGUUGAAUAUUAGCACCUCAGUUAGUCACAACUUUGCAAAUAUCAGCUGGAUUCCAGGCACAGAGCAGACGGAGUCAGAGUUAUAUGUUGCCUUUAUGAACAACCGUGAAGGUAACUGGAAGAUUUCCGAUGCGCUAAAUUCUUCUAAGACUUUCCACAUCAUUGAAGGGCUCGAACCUGGGACUGAAUACACAGUGCGUCUUAUGACUAAAAGCUGGGUUGAUAAUUCUAGUAUUUUUGAAGACGUUAUCAGGACCAGUGCUAAAGGUCUGGCCAGUAUUCAUGGAGGCAUCUCCAACCAGGGCUGGUUCAUCGGGCUCAUGUGUGCCAUAGCUCUGCUCACCCUCAUAGUGCUCAUAGCAUGCUUUGUGAACCGAAAUAAAGGCGGAAAGUACUCAGUGAAAGAGAAAGAGGACCUGCACCCCGACUUGGAGUCCCAGGGCAUAAAUGAUGAUACCUUCUGUGAAUACAGUGAUAAUGAUGAGAAACCACUGAAAAGCAGCCAGCAUUCAUUGAAUGGUGACUUGAAAGGAGGGGACAGCGGAGACAGCAUGGUGGACUACGGCGACGAGGACGCUCACUUCAACGAGGACGGCUCUUUUAUCGGAGAAUACUCCGGACGCAAGGAGAGGGUCUCCAUGGAAAUCAAGGGAAACAAUCAGAGCACAGCAUAAUGGACCACGGACAAUUUAUUUUGUUGGACAAGCUCUCACAAAAGGUCAGUGAAAAGGAAACAGAAGGAUAAAAAAGCGCAACAUAACGGCACCCGAAGGACAUUUUUGCAAUUAAUGUGUUAUUGUCAAACUCUCAGUCAUACUCACAUCAUUUUACAAAGCUUAGUUUGUUUUGCGCACUGUAACUGAUCAAUCAUGUCAGUUGUGUAUACUUUUGUGGGGUGUUUUUGUAUUAAAUCUUUGAAAAUCAUUGGUGACUUUGGAGCUACCAGAAAGUUUGCUAAAAGCACACUCUGUACACCGUUUUUGCUUUAUUCGUGUCAUCAUGUAGCCAAGCAAGUUUUAUGUCAGGGUAUGAACUUUGUAUUUUUCGUUGGAAGCAAAUAUUAUUGACAUUUUAUAUUUCAGAUACUGUAUACUGUGCAUUCAUUAAAUGUGGGAAUAUUAUGUGUACAAAGGAGUUGUUGGUUAAAUAAUCGUAAUUUCUGUCGAAAUCCAAAAAGCGUAAGGCAACAUAAGGGUUGACACAAUUAAUCACAUGCUUUGUUGAACAUUUUUGCAUUGAACUGAUUAUUAUUAACGGUUCGUGCUAUACUAACAAGCUGCAUAGCCAUAUUCAGUACCAUAUAAACCCUACAGUGAGUCUUCUGCUCUUAACCCAUUAGCCAUAAAUCAGUAUAUCAUCAAAUAGGCACACACUCAAUGUUCAUAUGUUAAAAAAAAAAAAAACGCCUCUUUUGCCUUAGAAUGACCUUGAUGUUCUGGUAAGUAUGACGUAAUGAAUCACAUUCUCAUGGAUUCCAUGAAACAGGGUUGGAAUUCCAAAAUUCCACAUUGGCAUUAAAUCCUAUGAAAUAGUUGUAUCCAUAAAUGGACAAUUCAGAAACAACACAAGUCCUCCAGAAAAUGCAUUUUUAUUUGUUUUUGGAAUGGCUCCACAUAGAGUCAAACUCAGAUUCUGUACAAUGUUUCUGUAAAUUCUGUUUGCAUGUUGAAUGAGGUUUGUGUGCAGAUUUGACAUUAAAUUGUAUCAUUUUUCUUCACUCUGGGUUUGCUGAAUGCAGCA